AUAGAACUGUAUUGCCUGCAUAUUUAAAUGACCUGUCACACUUUAAUAGAAUCUCACUUGGAAUUUUUUUGACCAGCUGGGUGAUCAAGCAGUUUUUUUCUUAUAACCUCUGGCUUUUUGCUAUUCAGCCACUGAUGUUUGAAAGCCGUGAAAAUGCAUUUAUGUGCUUUUCUUCUGCUGAGCUCAGUUUUGACUCAUUGUCAUGCAUCACCUAUGGUAAGUGUGAUAAUAGAUUUUUUUAAGGCUGAUCUUCAAAUAUUUAUGUCUGUUAUGUCUAUUUAUUAUUAUCUUAUGUUGUGUUCUCAGCCCCCAUCAGAUAUAGCUGAGGAAUGGAAGGGCAUUCCAGAUAUAAACAAAGGUUUAAAUCUCAAAGAAGGUGACAUCAUGAUGCCAAAGCAAAAGAGUGCCAUUCUUGGGAACCGGUGGGAUAUUUCUGUCUCCUAUGAGCUAAGUGUGAAUCUAAGUGUGAACUAUAAAGGAGUCAUUUUGAGAGCCUUUGAGCAGUUCAGACUGAAAUCAUGUAUUGAUUUUAAGCCCAGAGCACCAGAAGACAUUUCUUACAUCUCUGUGGAGAGUCAUGAUGGGUGUUGGUCAUAUGUCGGUCGUGCAUUUUUUGGAGCUCAGCCUCUCUCGAUUGGAGAUGGCUGUGGGAUAAAAGCUAUUGUUGAGCAUGAGUUUCUCCAUGCACUGGGAUUUUGGCAUGAACAGUCAAGAUAUGACAGAGAUGAUUAUGUGACCAUCAACUUUGAAAACGUUAUUACAGGGCAGGAGCAUAAUUUUGAUAAAUACAGUGACAACCAAACCACCACCCAAGGUACCCCAUAUGACUACUACUCUGUGAUGCAUUAUGGUAAAAAUGAUUUCAGCAAUGGUAAUGGAUCCACAAUCAUUACCAAGCAACCAGAGUUUCAAGAUGUGAUUGGUCAACUCCUGGACUUGAGUGAAUAUGAUGUGAUUGAACUCAACAAACUCUAUAAGUGCAAUUCGUCUAUCUCUUUCCUUGAUCACUGUAGUUUUGAUGAUGAAUCUCUGUGUCAGAUGAGCGUCUGCUCUGCUGCUGAUUACGGCUGGCAGAGAGUGAAGUCAGUGAGUGGCAUCAAUGUGACUGACCACACAUACUUGGGCAAAGAACGAAAUGAGACGUCUUUCUUCAUGCACUUCAGCACAGAGGGCAGAAAUGAGGGAGAUAUAGCCAAAAUGGAAAGCAACAUAAUGACCCCUCAAAGAUACUGUAAAGUCCAGUGUCUGCAGUUCUACUACUAUCACAGCGGUCACGAGUCUGACCAGCUCAAUAUCUGGAUCAGAGAGUACCAGAACGAAUCAGACAGCAGAGGAACUCUCAGACUUAUGGAUCAGAUCACAGAACCCCCUGGUAAUUACUGGAAGCUGCAUCAUGUGCCACUGAAUGCAAAUAAAACCUUUCAAGUUGUAUUUGAAGCCCGUAAAGGAGAUGGAAACUCCAGUGGAGGAUUUUCACUGGAUGAUAUCAAUAUUUCAGAGACUGAGUGUCUGCACACAUGGCAGAUCAGAGACUUUGAGAAGGUUUUGAAAAACAGUGUGUCUGGCUUUUGGAUGUACAGCCCGUUGUAUUACUCCAGUGAUGGUUAUCGCUUUCAGGCUGGCUUGAGACUGAAUCAGAAUUACCUUUCAAUAUAUGUUCGUCUGGUUUCUGGUGUAUUUGAUGAUCAGCUGCAGUGGCCUUGUCCAUGGAGACAAAUAACCUUCCAGAUGCUUGACCAGAAUCCAAACAUACAGAAGCGCAUGUCCUCUGAGAAAAGCUUCACAACUGAUCCUUAUUUAAUUUAUUUAAAUGUCAGUGUUUGGGACAAUCCUCAAAAAACUGGAACUCAAAUCUUUAAUGGCAAUGAGACUGUACAUGUGGGUCUUUUGUGGGGCUAUCAAUAUGCCAUAAUGAAAGAGGACCUCACUAAAAGAGAGUUUAUCAAGGGUGGUGACAUCAUAUUUCUCUUCACCUUGCAAGAUAUUUCUGAGUUGCUUCAGAAGGACUCUCUACCCUGUCCUAAAGCAACAGUGAAGAACUUCAACGUUACUCCUGAUGUGAGUGCCCAGCAAGGAUCAUGUGCUCCAAGAGUUCGUCCAACAACUAUAACAGCAACAACCACUACUGCUGCUAAAAGAAUUACAACUACACCAAGAUUUACUGAGAGUUCCAGUGCCAAGACUGCUUCCUCUUUGAUCACCAUGAUGGUUUGCUUUCUUUUGCUGGCGAGUUAAUCAUGAAAGUACUAUAAUUAUUAUCAGCCUUAUCUCUGACUUCACGAGUUCAGCGCCAAAGAGCGGAAUCUUCAGCUUUUUGCUACAUGCAUAUGAUAAUUAAAUACGCAUUGAUCAUUUUAAUGAAUGUUGAAGCCAACAUUAAUCAUGAUGAUUUACACACUGUCCCCUUUAAAAAAUAAGUAAAACAUUUACUUUUAUUUAGUCUUCUUUUUUCUAUCUUUUUUCAAUCAAGGGGGUUUUACUGUAAAGGGGUAAAUCUAUAAGGGGAAGCCUAUGCACUCUACAUGCAAGAUUUUGGUGGCAUCUAGUGGCACAUGAUGAAGCUUCCAUUGUGAGCUAAAGGACAUGUACAAUUAUUUUAGAUGAGUGAGGAAAGUCUUCUGUUAAACAACCUAAUAAACAAUGAGAAGCUCAAAAGCUAACACCGUCUGUCUUAAGUUUUCUGUCAAGAUGUGAAUGGUUAAACAAUUGCGACAAUUCACUCUUUCAACUUUACACUUCUUGCUGACACUAAAUAUUGUGCUAAUGGAUACACAAUUUGCAAUAAGAAUGCAUGGUUUUUACUGCCUCUCAUGAACAUAUGAACACAUGAACACAUCAGUUGAUGACUGAUGACUUUUUACCAUUGAGAUUAAUGUCUACACACUGUAUAUUUCAACUCGAGUUACCAUAUUGUUAGUUGUGGUGUAUGGACUCUUCUAUUUUCUUAAAGUGUGAUGUGUGUAUGUGACUUUAGACAGCAUUUUAAACAUCUGUCAAUAAAUACAACCAUGGAAUUUCUC